AGUGUUGCCUGCAAUAAACUAAUAUCUAACUUUAAAAUAAAAUAUACCUACUGUGAACAAAUUUUCGAGUUCGAAAAAAUUAUAUUGGAAACUGUGCACACCACGCUCGCCCUCUAGUUCCUCGCUUUUGGUGUGUUUUUAUCCGUCGGCUUUAGUAGACCAACGCCCAUCGAGCAUCUUCAUACACCACGUACGCUUAUCGUAACAUGCUUUGUCCGCUCACCAUGCGUCCUGCUAGCCCUGCUGAAUCAGAAAUCUCCGUCGGUGGCGCACCCAGCCCAUUGCCCCACCACCAAAGCCAGCACCACCAUCAACCAUCUCAUGCACAGCCGUCACAACACCGCAGCACCAUCGAUCUGCUGCAGCAUCAACAAAUGCUCAUGCAACAACAUGCAGCCGCCGCCGCCGCAGCAGCAGCAGCCGCUGCAGGUCUGACACGCACCGGCGCCGAGGAGUAUUUCCAACCACUGAAACGCCUGCGUAUGUCCAGCAGCGAAAUGGAGGAGUCGUCAACGGCGAAUCGCACACCAAGUCCGCUGCAAACGCACAGCACUACACUACCGCCACCCGCACCAACGUCCGCGACCACAGCAACAGCGAAUGCCGCCGCGACAGGCACCGCUGUUAAAUCGAAUAUUGAAGGUGUGAAAAGCUUUACCAUUGCUGAUAUUUUGGGUCAUGAGAAGCGAGCCACGUCCACUUCGCCACCCGCACAGCUGGCAGCGGCGACGGCACAGCAGCAGCAUGCCGCUAGUACACCCACGCGCCCAUUGUUGGGCGCCAGCGGUCUGUUGCAACCACGCACCGAACCGCUGGAUAUGGUAAGCGCUGCUGCAGCGGCUGCCGCUGGCAUGCCCCAUCAUAUGCUUUUGCCGGGCGCGCAAAUUGUACGCCCCUGGGAUCAUUUGUUGGGCCCGAUGCCAGUGCGUCCCUUUAUACCCUCAGCACUGUUGCACUAUGAACAGCGCUUGGCGCUGGACUAUCAUCGGCAAUUGCAGGAGCAUUUUAAUGCCCAAGCGCAGCUGUUGCGUCACAUGGGCAUGGAUAUGAUACCGUCCGAAAGUGGUUCGGAGCGCUCCAGUUCGGCGGCUAGCGAUUGUUGUUCGCCGGAAAUUGCCCGCUCGUCGGGGGAGCCAUCGACCGGGGCGGCGCAAUCGGCGACGGGUGAGCGCGAUCGGGAACGCAUUUCACAUACCUCAACUUCUGGAAAUGGCGGGGGCAAUAAUAUGGGAAGCAAUAGUUCGGGCUGCGGCAGUGGUGCAAAUAAUGAUAAUGCGGCGAACAAUGGCUCGAAUUCGAAAGGCAAGCCAAAUGGAACGCCCUUGGAUGCACUCUUUCAGAUGACAACAAAAGACUUUGAUGAAGCACAAGAUAAAUCACAUUUGGAUAUAUUUUCGAAUCGCCCCCAACCGAAAAAGAAACGCAAAUCUCGCACAGCUUUCACCAAUCAUCAGAUAUUCGAAUUGGAAAAACGUUUUCUCUAUCAAAAGUACCUGUCGCCGGCCGAUCGUGAUGAGAUUGCCGCUGCGCUGGGCCUAUCCAAUGCACAGGUGAUCACUUGGUUUCAAAAUCGGCGAGCAAAGCAAAAACGUGAUAUUGAAGAGUUGAAGAAGGACUUCGACAGUGUGAAGGUAUUCUCUGCGCAUAAAUCCUUUUUGGAGAAUGUGAACGAUCUCAGCAUAUUGAAGAAGAAGCCCAUGCAUGAGGCGGACGCAAUGGCGGGCCUCGCUGCGGCCGCGGCAGCCGGUAUGGUGCCGGUUUCGUCCGCCGCCGCAGCAGCCGUGGCCGCACAGGCUGCAUUAAAUACACAAAAAUGAAUUAGUGGGCGCACAUAGCGCUAUAAACACACAUUUUCACACAAACAACUGCGUGAGAGGAAGAGAACAGCAAAUGGAAAAAAAAAGCUAUAAAAAUAAUGCGAAUAUGUGUUCACAAAGCUAAAGGCAGUUGCACUUGAAGUGAAUGAAGCGUUUUGCUCAGUUACGUCGCGUCGCGGCAGUAGGAACUAUAAAUCCACAAAAACUUGAUCACUCCUUGGUUUUUCCAACCGAUUUGCAGCACACAAUCUAUACAUCACAUACGACAACAACAAACUCAUCCGUUAAACGUUGCGCCUUAUAAGCACUUAAGUUCUCGACUGGGUCUCGUACAUGCCGCGCCGCACGUCGACGACAGUUCCCCCGUAGAGAACGGCCACUGUCACCGCCACACGGCGAGUACAUCGAGGGCCAUCGAGGGCUCGUUGCAGAGCCUGGCUUGAAUGUUGGCAACAAGCUGAAGUGAA